AAACCAACGACUUUAUAGACAAAAAGGCUCCGUUCAACAGAGAAGUGACUGUGUACAUAUACCGUGUACUUGAUAAAAAAGAAUAAUUUUUAACUAAACAAGGGUAUAUACUAUGUCUUCUGUUGAGACAAAAUCGAAGAAGAAGAAAGUACUUAUGAUUUGCUUAGGCAACAUUUGUCGUUCACCGAUAGCAGAGGCUGUAUUCCAGAAUGAAGUGAACAAGAGAGGUUUGCAGGAUCAGUGGAAGGUAGAAAGUGCUGCCAUUAUAGGAUAUCAUACAGGUAAAGGACCAGAUACUAGGGCCCGGGAUACGCUAACAGAAAAUGGAAUCACUGAUUAUUCCCAUACAGCACAAAAAAUCGAACUAGACGACUUCGACAAAUAUAAUUGGAUAUUUGGUAUGGAUCAGGAAAACAUUAAAGAUUUACUCAGUAGAAAACCAAUGACUUGCCAAGCAAAAGUGGAGCUUCUAGGAAGUUAUAAUCCAAGCGGAACAAUUAUAAUACGAGAUCCAUAUUACGAUAGCGAUAGUGCAGGAUUUCAGAAAGCUUAUGAUCAAUGUGUGACAUGCGUAACAGCAUUUUUGAACAAACAUUCAAGUUAAUGC